AUGCAGUCACAGGGAACGUGGAAGGGAGCCAGGAUUGGACAUGCUAGUAUUCUCCGCGCCGACAGAGAGCUGGAAUGGCUACUGUUGUGCGGUGCCAGGAACUUCUCUUUCAACAGGCUAGUCUGGUAUAUAGAUGGAUCUGGGUUGAGCGGACGAGCACGGGCGCGGGUAUGGGCUGAGGGGCCCGCCAUAGCGAAGGCCAUCGUGCUGGAUUCGCACGCAACCGUGCUCCAGACACAGCGGGCUGCCCUGAGGACCUGCGCCAGGACCAUCCUGGAGAAAGGGGACAAGGGCAAAAAGAUCUUCAUCUACUCAGACAGCAGACGCGCACUGAGGGCAAUACUCAAAUAUGAGUAUUGCUCAAAACUAUCGGGUAAAUGCGUAGAGCUAAUGGAGGAAAUCGCCGUACACAAUCGGCUAGAGGUGGCCUGGAUUCCGAGCGACGCUGGCAUCAGAGGCAAUGAGAAAGCCGAUGAGCUUGCUAAGCACGGAUGCAGAAAGGCCUCCCAGGGGGAGUGGAGCGCGUGGGGCUCGGAAACGGGCGCCAGACACGCAAAAUCCCUCUUGAAAAGACCCACUAGGAAGAUUGCAGAAGCUCUGUUGGGCCUAAACAGGGCUAAACUCCGAGCUAUAGUGGGGCUUAUCACUGGACACUGGCCCCUGGCUCUGUACCUAUCGAGCAUAGGCAAAAGGCCUGACCCCCUAUGCAAAAGUUGCGGGGAGAAGGAGGAGGAUCCUUUUCACCUAUGCACAAGAUGCAGCGGGCUCGAUGCAGUUAGAUGGGACGUUUUUGGGUCUGCAUGCACAGAGAUACAUGUCGACAGGGACGGUAUUAAGGGGCUCUACGAGUUAGCGCGUAGGGCACAGAUACUCGAGACCAGCGGUUAG